AUGAAUUGUCCUAUUUGCUCUCGAGUCUCAACCUCGCGCCUACGCUUUUACUGUCCCACGUGUGCCUGUAAUCAACUAUACACACUACGUAUCGAUAAUGCCAAGGUUCUCCUGGAGAAGGAAACCUUAGGACGGCAGCUCGAGAAAGCUCUGCAUCAGACAUCUCCUACUCUCUCCCAUCGUCGCUCUGAAGAAUGCUCAACGCAGUUGCCGAAUAAGGUGUCCAACCCUCAAAAGGUCUUGCAAAUUAUAAACGCAAAAGCCGAGUCUUCCAUCAGGAGAAAACAGCUUGGCCUUCAGAUCCAGCAACUGAAAUCCGAGAUUAAAGACAGGCAACUUGGCAUUUCUCAGCGGAGGUUGACAUUAGCACGACGACGUUCAGAUGCCGAGUCUUCAAAGUUUCAGCUGGAAACUCGCGAGAUAGCUAUGCUAUGUGGUGUUCAGAACACCAUCAAAAGGACGGAGCAUCUCUGGCAUUCCUUGCACAGCAAGACAGCUGAGGCUCGGAUCUUUCUUUGCCGGGAGGUUGCGAAUCUAUACAGCUUAAGGCAGUGGAUAAAGCAAAAUGGCAGUGAAAUGAAGGAGACAUACGUAAUUGGUGGUGUCCCUAUCAUAGAUCUCCGAAACCUGAACGGGAAGUCGCAAACCCUGCCCCUCCUCCUGGAUAUGCCAACACGAAAUAUUAAUGCCCAAAUAGGUGCCACUUCAGUCCAAAUAUCAACAUCCUUCUCUAAUAUUGCUCAUCUUCUAGUCCUCGUUUCACAUUACUUAUCUUUGAGGCUUCCGGCGGAGAUUACCCUUCCUCAUAGAGACCAUCCCCUUCCCACGAUUCAUGCACCUAUUGGGUCGUAUACUUCACGGGACUCGAUCUUGACAGCCACCUCAACGCAGCCCCAUAACCCCCCUUCAUUUACGACACACUCAUUAGGCUUUCAGUCUAAUCAUCAUCAACCUCGACCUCUCACUAUCGAUAGAAGUUUACCAAAGCUCGCAAGGGAAGACCCAAGGUCAUACGUCCUUUUCCUAGAAGGAGCUACAUUGUUGGCCUGGAACGUUUCCUGGCUAUGUCGUACGCAAGGACUCAAUAUCGCAUCAGACUCUUGGGAAGAGAUUUGCGACAUUGGGAAGAACAUGUGGCAGCUACUUGUUGCUCCUCCGCUGGAAGCGGCAACUCUGAUGAGAGCAUUUGCUGGUCGAGAAACGCAACCUAUGAAGCUCUCAAGAGACCCUCCUAGAACUUCUAUCCAAAGGACCAUAUCGUUCCCCAUGAUGGGGCAUUACUCACAUGGCACCGUGCAUUCAUUCCUGGGUGCUUCAGAAGGCACGGAGUUCGUUAGGACGUGGAGAUUGCCAAUCCCGCUCAAGGUUGUCGACAAAUUAAAAUCAAUGCUCCUGGGAGAGAUGGCGAGCGCGGAAUGGGAAGUUCUCGAGGAGAAAGAGUGGAACGAUAGCGGGCAAAGUUCAACGAGAGCAUCAGUCCAAGGGUCGCGGUCGCAGCCUGGAGACGAUAUAACGCCAGACAAGAAUUACGUCGGUCAUAUGGCAUCAGCAAGUGGUGUUCCCAAUGAAUUAGAUAGCACCAGCCGUCCACGGGGAAGUAGUGGCUGGACUAAAUUGAGAAAUCGAUAA